GUUCUUGCUGCAGUAUGAGUUCUGUCUUAGGACUGUGAAAACGGAGGCCAUCCCGGCCAACAGGUCCUUAAAUCACAGGGUUAGGCAACGGCUGCAGCCGCUUAGAGAAAGCGUCUCGCGUUCACCGGUGCUGCGGCGGUGCUUUCCUUUCCAUUGAAGUGGAGGGAAGGUGCUACUAUGGCGGCCGCCGCUCAACCGAAGAAAAUCGUGGCCCCUACCGUGUCCCAGAUCAAUGCGGAGUUCGUGACCCAGUUGGCAUGUAAAUACUGGGCUCCACAUAUCAAGAAAAAAUCACCUUUUGAUAUAAAGCAGAAGACUAUCCUCAAAGCUGUGUUAACUCUAUCUAGCAGUGACUUAGAUUACAGCCAGUAUCUUGAAAAUUAUCUCUGGAUGAAUUACUCUCCAGAGGUGUCCAGCAAGGCCUACUUGAUGUCCAUCUGCUGUAUGGUGAAUGAGAAGUUCAGAGAAAAUGUCCCUGCAUGGGAGACUUUUAAGAAGAAACCAGACCAUUUUCCUUUCUUUUUUAAGUGCAUCUUGAAAGCGGCAUUAGCUGAAACCGAUGGUGAAUUUUCACUCCAUGAACAGACAGUCUUACUCCUUUUUCUCGAUCAUUGCUUCAAUAGCUUGGAAGUAGACUUGAUACGUAGUCAAGUACAGCAGCUUAUCUCCCUUCCUAUGUGGAUGGGUUUACAGUCUGCACGAUUGGAGUUAGAGUUAAAAAAGACACCUAAGCUAAGAAAAUUCUGGAACUUGAUUAAAAAGAAUGAUGAAAAAAUGGAUCCAGAAGCAAGAGAACAGUAUGUUGACAAAGCUUCUUUCCAUCUGACCCACAUGGCACAGAGGACCUCUCCUAUCUUGCCCACUGCUCCCCUUAGCAAUCCUGUCACUAUGGACAAAGUUCACUACUGUGAAAGAUUCAUUGAACUUAUGAUUGAUCUGGAGGCCUUACUCCCCACAAGACGCUGGUUUAAUACGAUCCUGGAUGACUCCCAUCUUCUGGUUCACUGUUACCUUUCCAAUCUUGUCCAUAGGGAAGAGGAUGGCCAUCUUUUUUCCCAGCUUUUGGACAUGCUUAAAUUCUACACUGGUUUUGAGAUUAAUGACCAGACUGGAAAUGCUCUGACGGAGAAUGAGAUGACCACCAUUCACUAUGAUAGAAUUACUUCUCUACAGAGAGCUGCUUUUGCUCAUUUCCCUGAACUCUAUGAUUUUGCCCUCUCAAAUGUGGCAGAAGUAGAUACUCGUGGCUCCUUGGUCAAGUUUUUUGGACAUCUUAGUUCAAAUACACUCCACCAGGUGGCAUCAUACCUCUGCCUGUUACCAACGCUUCCUAAAAAUGAAGACACGACUUUUGAUAAAGAAUUUCUUCUAGAAUUGCUGGUAUCUCGUCACGAGCGGCGUAUAUCUCAGAUUCAGCAGUUAAACCAGAUGCCACUGUAUCCAACUGAAAAAAUCAUAUGGGAUGAAAAUAUUGUUCCAACUGAAUACUAUUCUGGGGAAGGUUGUCUUGCUCUUCCCAAGUUGAAUUUGCAGUUUUUGACUCUUCAUGAUUAUCUCCUAAGGAAUUUUAAUCUCUUCCGCUUGGAAUCAACUUAUGAAAUCAGACAGGACAUUGAGGACAGUGUCAGCAGAAUGAAGCCAUGGCAGUCUGAGUACGGCGGUGUUGUGUUUGGUGGUUGGGCAAGAAUGGCACAGCCCAUUGUGGCUUUCACUGUGGUUGAAGUUGCCAAACCCAACAUAGGUGAAAACUGGCCAACCCGAGUCCGUGCAGAUGUUACCAUCAAUCUCAAUGUCAGAGACCACAUUAAAGAUGAAUGGGAAGGGCUUCGUAAGCAUGAUGUAUGCUUUUUAAUUACUGUGCGUCCCACAAAGCCUUAUGGUACCAAGUUUGAUCGGAGAAGACCUUUUAUUGAGCAGGUUGGCCUGGUUUAUGUCAGAGGCUGUGAAAUCCAGGGCAUGUUGGAUGAUAAAGGGCGUGUCAUUGAAGACGGACCUGAACCCAGACCCAAUCUUAGAGGAGAGUCAAGGACAUUUAGAGUAUUUUUGGAUCCAAACCAGUACCAACAAGAUAUGACCAGUACUAUACAAAAUGGAGCAGAAGAUGUAUAUGAAACUUUCAAUAUAAUAAUGAGGAGAAAACCAAAGGAAAAUAACUUUAAGGCUGUGCUGGAGACUAUUCGGAACCUGAUGAACACUGACUGUGUGGUACCUGACUGGCUGCAUGACAUCAUUUUAGGUUAUGGGGACCCGAGCAGUGCGCAUUAUUCAAAAAUGCCCAAUCAGAUUUCCACCCUCGAUUUCAAUGAUACAUUUCUCUCCAUUGAGCAUUUAAAAGCCAGCUUUCCUGGUCAUAAUGUUAAAGUCACUGUGGAUGACCCAGCUCUGCAGAUACCCCCUUUCAGGAUAACUUUUCCAGUAAGAAGUGGAAAAGGGAAGAAAAGAAAAGAUGCAGGUGGGGAAGAUGAAGACACUGAAGAGGCAAAAACCUUAAUUGUUGAACCUCAUGUUAUUCCUAAUAGGGGCCCUUACCCUUACAACCAACCCAAACGCAAUACAAUUCAGUUCACUCACACACAGAUAGAGGCCAUCCGUGCUGGAAUGCAACCUGGGCUAACUAUGGUUGUAGGCCCACCAGGUACUGGAAAAACAGAUGUGGCAGUUCAGAUCAUAUCUAACAUUUACCAUAAUUUCCCAGAGCAGAGAACUCUGAUUGUUACUCAUUCCAAUCAGAGAUAUGGAAGAGUUAAUUAUGUCCUGGCUCGAAGAAUAGAACUUUUAGAGGAAGUCAAACGUUUGCAAAAGAGUCUAGGAGUCCCAGGGGAUGCUUCAUAUACUUGUGAAACUGCAGGCUAUUUUUUCUUAUAUCAGGUAAUGUCUCGUUGGGAAGAGUAUAUCAGCAAAGUGAAAAAUAAAGGCAACACAUUACCAGAUGUUUCAGAAAUCUCCAGUUUCUUCCCUUUUCAUGAAUACUUUGCAAAUGCCCCUCAACCCAUUUUUAAAAGUCGCUCUUAUGAAGAAGACAUGGAAAUUGCAGAAGGAUGUUUCAGGCAUAUUAAGAAAAUCUUUACACAGCUUGAGGAAUUCAGAGCCUCUGAACUGCUCCGUAGUGGACUAGACAGAUCCAAAUACCUUUUGGUAAAAGAAGCCAAAAUCAUUGCUAUGACCUGUACUCACGCUGCCUUAAAACGACAUGACUUAGUCAAGUUAGGUUUCAAGUAUGACAACAUUUUAAUGGAAGAGGCUGCUCAGAUUCUGGAGAUAGAAACUUUCAUACCUCUUCUUCUACAGUACAACUGGCGGUACAAGAAUCUAGGAAACUUACCCCACGUGCAGCUCUUGCCGGAAUUUAGUACAGCAAACGCUGGCCUGCUCUAUGACUUCCAGCUCAUCAAUGUAGAAGACUUUCAGGGAGUCGGAGAGUCUGAACCUAAUCCUUAUUUUUACCAGAAUCUUGGAGAAGCUGAAUAUGUAGUAGCACUUUUUAUGUACAUGUGUUUACUUGGUUACCCUGCUGAUAAGAUCAGUAUCCUAACAACUUACAAUGGGCAAAAGCAUCUUAUUCGUGACAUCAUCAAUAGAAGAUGUGGGAGUAAUCCAUUGAUUGGGAGACCAAAUAAGGUGACAACUGUUGAUAGGUUUCAAGGUCAACAGAAUGAUUAUAUUCUUCUUUCUCUAGUACGAACCAGGGCAGUGGGACAUCUCAGGGACGUCCGUCGAUUAGUGGUGGCCAUGUCUAGAGCCAGACUUGGACUUUAUAUCUUCGCCAGAGUUUCCCUCUUCCAAAACUGUUUUGAACUAACUCCAGCUUUCAGCCAACUCACAGCCCGCCCACUUCAUUUGCAUAUAAUCCCAACAGAACCUUUUCCAACCAGUAGAAAGAAUGGAGAGAGACCAUCUCAUGAAGUACAGAUAAUAAAGAAUAUGCCCCAGAUGGCAAACUUUGUAUAUAAUAUGUACAUGCAUUUGAUACAGACCACACAUCAUUAUCAUCAGACUCUAUUACAGCUUCCUCCUGCUAUGGUAGAAGAAAGUGAAGAGGUUCAAAGUCAGGAAAUAGAAAUGGAAGCAGAGGAAGAGGUCAUGCCUGUUCAAGCUGACCUCAAACCCAGUCUAGCAGAUGCCAGCUCCAGUCAGGAAACCUCAGCCUCUGAGACUGAGUCCACCCCCAGUCAGGCUGGAGCCAGUUCCACUCCAGAAGCUGCCUCUACUCUAUCCAAUGUAACUACUUCUGAGACAGGACUUGUUGCUGCAACAGAAGAGGCUAAAACUCCUCAAGAUACCACAUCUGCCCCAGCAGAACCCAAGUAAUGAAGCCAUAGCCCUUCUUCAGGAGAACAUGUCAUUUAUAAAGUCCAAGUAAAGUGAUUUUUAUAUUUUACAUACUACUGCCCCUUUAAUGGCACCAGUUAAUAUUCAGUCCUGAUUUUGUUAACCAAUUUCAAUGUUUGUCAUCUUGGGUAUAGCAUAUUAAAAAAAAAUUGU